AUGUUAACUGCACCGAAGUCUUCGGUAUCACCACAACCUACUCUGUCUUCCUCACGAUCCACUCGCGUUAUUGAAGAACUUCAGUCAACCUGGAAUCAGCUUGAGCAAGAUCUCAUAACAACCAAGACACAGCUCGAAAAUGCACGAACGGCGAAGGAACAGUAUGAAUUGGAAGCUCAAGCACAUGCAGAGUCCAACACGCAAUGUCGGACCAAUGUACAAGAGCUCAUGCAACUGCUGGAAUCGAAACAGCAACUUUUGGACAAAACGAAAAAACGGUCCUUAGAGAUGGAAGCCGAGAUGAAGAAACUGAAAGAUGAGGCCGUGCAUUCACGCAAGCAAUUCAAGGAGUUGCAGGAUAAACAAAAACUGUUAGAAUUAGAUUGCCGGAAAGCCGCCGAACGUAAAGAAUACAUUCAACGCCAACAAACCGUUCUCGCCGAAGCGAUACACAGCAUGAGUACACGAUUCCAGCGAGAAAUGGCGGACUUGAACCAUGAUUUGACAACCAUGAGGCGUCAACUCGGUAUACUUCUCGCCGAGCAUCAGCAUAUCCUCUCCGUGACCGAAUCGAGAAUCCAGCGGGAAAGGGCCAGCAGGGACCAAUGGAUCGAAAAAGUGCAAAGUGUGCAACAACGGUCAAGUGCUGAAAUGAAAGAUGCCGCAAAUCAUAUAUGUUCGGAAAUGCAAUCACUUAUCACCAAUGUAAAUGCAUCGUCUGAAAAUACGGCUAGUUUAACUCUCAGCAUUGAAAAAUGCAGAGAUGAAGUCCAUAGCUUGAUCUAUCGUAUCAAAACAUAUGCUUAUGAUUUAGAUGAAGAACCUGUAAAUACAUCAUCCGAUAACUAA